GACUACGUAGCCAGCAGUGACUCGUCAUCAGUUGCGACCAACCGCAAUGUCACCCCCAAGAGACUACGCUCGAGCCGAUCCUCGCUGAACGUGAGCCAGCUGCUGGCGAGGCAGCGCGUCCUCUGCGCCGCUUGCUGCGUGACCGCCAAGAUCAACGGCAGCGGAUGGUACCAUACGGUGGACGUGGGGGGCCAAGGCACGCAGACCCUCGACAUCUGGUGGGCGCAACACAACAAGACAUGGCAGUGCACCGCGCUUCUCCCCGAGGCCACCGACGACCUAGAUGCCACCGGUGCCACGCCAGCCGACGGUGCGGUGCGGCCGCGCGGGUGGAGGAAGAUGCGCGCCGAGCGCAGGGACACGGCGAUGCAGCGGCACCUGAUGGUGUUGGUGGGCGACACCGGCUCACCGGUGCCGCUGAGCCAGUUCAUAGACGAGGCCACGGCCGCCGACACCGCCGACGUCAGCCAGAAGUGCGCAGCCGAGAAGAAGCCGCAGCACAAGAAGGCGAAACAGGCCAGGGCGCGCAAGGCCGCGGCCUCGCCGGAGUGGGCGGUGAUCCGAAACCAGGACGUGGAGACCGACCAAGAAGAAAACGAGAACGAAAACGAAGACGAAGCCGAAGAGGAGAACGAAAGCGAAAGCGAAAGCGAGAGCGAGAGCGAAGACAAGGAGGGAAAGCAGCAGCCUGACGUCAGCACGAGCGCAAGCCCGGCGAAGGACCACUCACCGGCGCCGAUGGUGAUCGACGCCGAUGGUGUUCAUGGCGCCGCAGCGGCCGAGUGGCAGGAGGCCUCCUUUGCUCGUCAGCCGGGCACCACAGCCAUGCCGCUCGGAAGCACCCGCGCCGGCACCCCGGCUGCAUCCCGCCGCAAGGCGCCCGUCACCCGCUGGCACAUGGAGGAGAGCGACGGCAAGCCCGUCUGCAUCAUCGACGACGACGACGCCGACCGUACCACCUUCUUAUCUUCUUCUUCUUCUUCGACGACCACGACACCUACAUCGGUCUACAAGGAUCCGGAGAACGCGACGAUCGUCGAUGAUGAUGACGACGACGACGAUGAUAGUGAUGUAGACGACGAAGAGGAGGAAGACGUCUACGUGGCGGUCACGCGGUCGGGCAAGCGAAAGGCGGAGAUAGACCUGCUCGCCGGCGAGGUGAGCGACAAGGGUGAGGACGACGAGGACGAGGACCCGCUGAUACGCAAGCCGAAGCGGCCCUACACGAGCGAUCUUCCGGCCGCGCCGCCCACCACCUCAUUCCCCUCCGCACCCACCUCGUCGUCCGCGACAAGGCCGCCCGCCCCUUCACGGCACUCAUCAUCGUCGUCGUCUUCUUCGUCUGCUUCGAUCACCUCAGUGCCUUCGUCGGCGUUCCCCGUGUCACACUCCCUCUCGUCUCUCUUCGCCCCUUCUUCUUCCCAACGCUCGCCAGGCCUCGUCCAGACCCUCUCGGUGCCCUCGCCGCCGGUCUCGGCUUCUUCCUCGCUGCCGUCGUCUCCGCUGGUGGCCGCCAGCUCGCCCGAGUUCAUCGACUUCUUCGUCGAUCUCACGCCUUCCACGUCACCCGCUCCACCCUCGCCUCCUUCCUCGGAGGCGCCCACAUCCACCACCGCCACCACACCAGCGUCGGCCAAGACCCCGCCUCCGCUGCCGCCCUUCACCAUCCGCGUCCCAACGGCACCACCAACGGCGCCAUCGCCGCCGCCUGUAAGUACCCCAACGUGGCGCCAGUUGCUCGCAGCGGUGCCCAGUGACCCGGCAGCCCUUGCGGCGCAGACUGGAGAGAUGAGCCGCGUAGAGAUCCUGGCCGCCCUCCAGACCUUGGCUUCGCUCACCACCUCCCUCGUCUCCUCCCUCGCCCGAAAGUAA